UUUAAACCCUCAGUCGACUCUCGGUGUCAUCGAGGUCAGCAUGCGCCGGCGCUCGUGUCGUGAGCAGACGCACGUAAAAUAUAUUUUUAUCUCAUUCAACCGUGUUAUUUUACGACAACCGUUAUUUACACGUUAAUAUAUAAGUAUUAGCGAAUAUAUCCUAAAAAAGUGUAUAAGUGAUAAGUGACUGAUAUUUUUUUUUUAAAAUAAAUCGAAGAUGAAAUUAUUUCUAGUUUUUGCGAUAUUUACUCUCGUUGCGGGUGAUCCCGAAGGAUCUUUUUGCUGUAAGCCGAAUCAGGGUGUUUUGGAUGUCGACGAACACAACUGUUUGGAUAUUAAACGUAAUAUAACAACACCAAUAAAACUUGAAUGUGAAAACGUGGUUUCGAUAUCGACAUCGGUGCUAAACUUUAGUGUCACUGAUGAAGGCUUUUUGAUCAUAUUGAUGGACGAUACGGAACCACAAGUCGAUAAAGACAGCUUCUGCGUUGCGAAUGAAACAGCUAACAGUUCUGAAAGACUUUUAGUACUGUGUGCGGAUCAGGAUGAAGUUAUUGUUGAUGAUAAAGUUUUAGGAUACUGUAUGCUGGUGUCUGUUAUAUUUCUGAUCCUGACAGCCGUCGUAUAUUGUUUGCUGCCGGAGAUGAGGGAUAUUCAAGGGAAAAGUAUAAUAAACUUUUGUCUAAGUUCAGCAAUCGGAUUCGGCGUUUUGUCAUUUAUGAAGUUAUUCGAAUACUCAGAUAUGAAUCUAUGCGCUGCAAGAGGUUUCUUAGUAUAUUUCUUUUUAAUCGCGAGCUUCUUUUGGACGAAUGCAAUUUCCGUACAAAUUCUUCUUAAUAUAAGACGACCAGCUACCUCGGAUUACGGCUGGAAACCUUUCAUAUGGUACGCCCUAUACGCUUGGGGUAUUCCUGUCAUCUUAACCGUUUGUAUGGCCAUCGUCAACUUCCACCCGGGACGGCACCCGAAACCUGGUAUCGGAUUAAAUACGUGCUGGUUUUAUACUAAAAAACAACAGUGGCAGUACAUGUACAGCGUGAUGACGAUCCUCAUCUUGACUAAUAUCGGUAUAUUUUUGUACAUAUCGAUACAUCUUUGCUGUAAUUCCUUCGCCUCGAGUCACAUAAAGGCAUUAAAAUACAAACUUCUAAUGACUGUCCGACUAUUCAUAGUGAUGGGACUGCCGUUCGUUUUCGAAAUGAUCAGUUCGCUAUUCAAACCUCACAUAGUAUGGGUCGUGAUUGACAUAUUUAACACUCUACAAGGACCGUUAAUUUUCUUGAUACUGGUCGUAUUUCGACGUAAAGUUAUAAAGGCAAUGCACAAGAGAGGCUGGUUGGACUGUAUGUCUAAUAUGGUAGAGCGCCAUCUAGCGAUCGGCAACGAUGAAGAGGACAUCGUACACCACACAGAUGUCGCUCUCGAUGAGAGGACAGCUAUCUAGUCUUACAAAUAUCAAGAAAUAUGGAUAAAAAUAUAACAUGGUUCUUAAUACUAUGUACGUAAGAACUAAUAUCGAAUAUAUUGUACAAAUACGUAAUGUUUCGUGUGCAAAGUUAUUUUUUUGUACACAGUUAGCGUGUAUGAGUCAGAACUAUUUACUCAUUAAGCGUUUUAAACUGACAAUAAUUUUCACCUUAAAUAGGAAUGAUUUCUUGGAAUCUCUCCGGUGACACAUGACGGGAAGUGUAGUAAAUACGAACUCUAUAAUUAUGCCGUAGUUGAAUGACGUUAACGCUUAAUAUUAUUACUAUACGUAUAUCCAUAUGAAUAUUAAUGAGAAUUAAUU